CAAAAUGUGAAUUAAUUUCCAUUGUUCAAGAGAAUCAUAAGUCCCUAAAGCCCAAUUCUCCGUCCAAGUUCAUCACAGGCUUUUUCUCUAGCCAUACUCCUCAAUGCAGUAUAAAUAAUCCUCAAGAGUCACAUUGACUUCCGUCUUGUGCAAACUGAGAGUAUCUGAGUAGCGUAAUAAACCCAUUCCAGUUCUGAAUCUUUGGCCGGUUCCCGUUCCAGAUUCCUUGAAUAAACCCAUUUACCAUGGCGUCUACGCCUGAACCCACCUCAGUUCAGAAGUCAGAGGAGGAAUGGAGAGCCAUUCUCAGCCCGGAACAGUUUCGCAUCCUAAGGGAGAAAGGAACAGAAUUGCGUGGAACGGGAGAGUAUGACAAGUUUUUCAAAGAUGGAGUUUACAAUUGUGCUAGUUGUGGUACGCCGCUUUACAAAUCCACUGCAAAGUUCGACUCCGGCUGUGGUUGGCCUGCGUUCUUUGAGGGAUUUCCUGGGGCUAUUACUCGUUCUCCUGAUCCAGAUGGAAGGAGGACUGAGAUUACAUGCACUGCUUGUGGAGGUCAUUUGGGGCAUGUUUUCAAAGGGGAGGGUUAUCAAACACCAACAGAUGAGCGUCAUUGCGUUAACAGCGUCUCUGUCAAGUUCAUCCCUGCUUGAUCUAAAAAACGGACUAGUUACCAUGUACUUUCUAGUUCCAUUCCAUCUUAUGAUGAGUAGCCAUGUACUUUUUAUGACAGGAAAUGCAAUCUCAAUAAAAACCUAGUUUGGUUUUUCAUUCUGAAUUGAUCUUUUUCCUAAUGUAUGAAAUUAUGCAGCCGUGAACUAUUAUCAUUAGUUUCAAUUGUUCAAGAUCUGACUUUUUUGGUCCCC